UCCUCAUGGCCGUCCAGCUCUGGAACCAGCACAUCGAUUGGCCAUCACUCUGAGGUAUCUUGCGUCUGGAGGCUAUCUCAGCAGUGUGGCCUAUAGCUUCCGCAUAGGGUUCACGACAGUCAAGAGGAUUGUUUAUGAAACAUGCACGGCAUUGUGGGAGGAACUGAUGCCCAUCUACCUGCCUAACCCUACACCAGAGGUGUGGGCACAGUCCGCUCUGCACUUUGAGGAAAGGUGGGCAUUCCCAAACUGUGUUGGUGCUGUGGAUGGGAAACACAUAGUGAUCGAAGCCCCAAAGCAUGGAGGGUCCAUGUUUUAUAACUACAAGGGGUCACACUCCAUCGUACUGAUGGCCGUAGCUGAUGCCAGCUACAAGUUCCUGUAUGUUGACAUCGGAGCUUAUGGCUCUCAGUCCGAUGGAGGCAUAUUCAAGGCGUGCACACUGGGCAGGGACCUUGAAGCUGGUGGCCUGGGACUCCCACCGCCAAGGAGGCUUCCUGGAUCAUCCCUGGAAGCCCCCUAUGUGUUUGUGGGGGACGAGGCCUUCCAGCUACGUCCAGACUUCAUGAGACCAUUCCCUGGCACAGACUUGGACGACACCAAGAGAGUGUACAACAUCAGGCUCUCACAUGCCAGACGGUGUGUAGAAAAUGCCUUUGGGAUCCUUGCGUCCCGAUGGCGCAUAUUCAGAAGACCCCUGAAUGUCAAGGUGGAGAACGUCGAGCUCUUGGUCCAGGCUUCCAUCGUCCUCCACAAUUUUCUUAGAGCACAGGAAGAGGCAGCUCCGGGAGGGGAGACAUAUUGUCCACCGGGCUUUGCAGAUCGACGCUGCAAUGCUGGUGGAGCGGAGGAUGGUGAGUGGAGACAAAUGCUCGCCAGAAAUCCAGCUUGUGCACUGGGGGACCUCACGGCUACUCUCGCAAGGCGUUUCUCCCGUGAGGCAGCGAACGUAAGGAGCGUCUUUGCAGAGUUCUUUUCAAGUGAGGCAGGUGCAGAGGAGUGGCAGUGGGAGAAGGCUGGUGCUCGGAGACCACACAAGGACGUCUAGAAAGUCUCCGGCUCCAUGUAGGACUGCACUAGCCGUAGCACUGCAAUCUCGCAUUCAAGUUGUCUGUGGGCAGGUACUUUUGCUACCCAACUUGACACAAGCUCGCCAAAGUGGUAGCUGGGGUCCAAAGGGGCCUGCAGGGCCACGUUCGAGUCCCUGAGCUCUUUUGCAAGCGACCUAAGGGCACCCUGCAGGUCAUCCUCCAUAUCCGGCGUCGCUUUCCUCUUUCUGCUGCGACGACGUGCCGUAGCAGGCGGUGCUGACAGAGGAGCAUCCUCCUCAUCUGCUGAGACAUAAGGUCCUUGAGACAUGGACGGUCCCUGACUCUCCUCCCUUGAUGCCCCAGCAGAAAAGUAGUCGUGCUCGUCCAGCACCUCCUGGGCUACACCAACCUAUUGAAGAAGAGUGCAAAUGAGGACAGAGUUUAAUGUCAUAUUUAAUGCAACUGCUAGUACAAAUGGCUUGUUGGAAGCAUUCGAGCAAAGCAUUCAAGUGGUGGACAGAGUGGAUAUCUAUUGCCUGUGUGGUAUAUACAGUGUAUAUAUAUACUUUGUAAAAACAUGUUUAUGCAUUACAUGUACAUGCUGUAAUAUUGUGUAUAUAAUGUAGCAUCAUGUCUUCAAACACCUGCAUAGGAGUUUUGUACAUAUUCUAGGAGUGUGUGUCUUUCUUUUUUAUACGUCAUUCAACUUCACCUGUGCCUCAGGUCCUUCAGUGGUAGGUUCUGGAGUCUCUUGUCUUGUCGGCUCUGGGGGCCGGUUGGAGACAGUCCUGAAGAAAAUAUAUGUUCCAUAAAUGCUAUGUUACGUAGAUGCAGUGUUUUUACAUUAUACUGAGAGCGCUACCUACCUCCUCGGUGUAACGACAUCCUUGAGGAAGAGGAGAGCAUGGUAAAAUUUCCACUUGGGUGCCCCACUGCUCUCCUCUGCCUCGAGCACGUCGUCCAGGCCCGCCCCACUGGCUGCCGCCUUCUUUGUUGCCAGCAGUGUCCUUCGGAAGCUGUCGAACAACCUCUUCCAGGUUUUCUUGCAUACUUCCACUAGAUUUGUGACACAAAGAGUGAUUAGAAGUUCACUAUUGUGGAACUAGUUGCACAUGUGUUUUUGAGACCAAUUAUGUUUCUGUGCGUUUUACUGUGUGUGUUGUAUAACUGCUUGUAAAAUUGCCUCAUGUUUUGCUUGUUUGAAUGUAUUUCAAGACACAAGAGAAUUGUAAAACAAAUUGUAAAGAUUUCUGCAGUUCUUCAGCAUGUACUGAUAAACAACAUGUGAGGCGGUGGUAUAAUUACAUACUUUGUGAUUGUCUGGGACUGUACAAUUACUUACAACAGCGGUCUGAUGUACUCCAUGAUCAGUGCAUUGAUGAUAUUGCGUGUACUGCAAUUGAUAAUUAUAUACCAAAAAGCCACUCUCGUAAUGACAAAUACCUUCUUUGGUUAGGAGCUGAAAGAAUGUUUGUAGGAAGCUGUACAAAAAGAAUGGCCCACAGUACUGGUAUGACAAGUUCAACACUGCUCAUGCUCUUUGUUGCACGCUAUUUGCCAGAGAUAAGACACUUCAUGAGAAGUCAGUCAGGAAGAGCCUAAGUAGGAGACAGAAAAAAUUUUGGAAACCUGUUAACCAGUAUAUAAACGGGACAACUGUCCUUAUGACGUCACAGAAUGGGACAAUUAUCUCCUGGCUAUUGGCCCUGCUAUAUUGAGCAGCAUAUUUGCAGACCACUUCAGUUAGUGUUAUUUUUCUGGUACUGUUUGACUCAGCAUGGGACACUGGAAUACAGAGUAACGACUGUCUCCCACUUGCUCCGUUUGCAAUUGUGACGUUCUUUCCGCCAUUCGAAGGGUUGAGUCUAGGGCAGCCUCUGGUAUUGAUGGUAUUUCUAACUUUAUUGUCAAAAGCUGUACUGAGUACCUGUUGUGUCAUCUCAGUCAUAUUUUUAACUUGUCUUUGCAGACGGCUGUGUCUUCAAAUAACAGGAAAUUAGCUAAUACUAUACCUUCCUUUUCAGUAUGGUGAUCCAUGUUCUGUUAAUGAGUAUUGACUGGUUUUUCUUUGGUAUGUCCUUUUUGUAAAAUGCUUGAAAUGGUUGUCUAUACGUUUUUCUAUUACUUCUUAUCCAACAAAACUUGUUCAGAACAAUAUGGCAUUAUGAGAGGUAGGUGUAUGGAAACGAACUUGAGUACAUUUCUGCACUACACAGCACCACUUGUCCGUAAUGGGCAACAAGUAGACGCUGUCAAUUUCGACUUCAGUAAGGCGUUUGACUGUGUGGUGCCUGAUAUGCUUGUUCUGAGACGUAGUUAGUAUUGCUUGUACAAUAAUUAUUCUGUUUGGAUAAAAAGUUACCCUAAUGACAAAACUCUUAGUAUGGGUGGGGCUUGCUUACUUCGUUUCUCUGUAUAUUUGUGGUACCUCAAGGGUGCAACUUGGGCCCUCAUCUAUUUCUCAUCUUUGUCAACAAUGUCGUUGACAUAGUGAAGCAUUAUGAUAUUUUACUGUUUGUAGAUCACAAAAAAAAUUUCCAUUCAGUAUCUCCUAAUACAGAUUGUGGUUUCGUUCAAGUAGAUAUUGAUGUGGUUACCGAAAUGAAAUGCAUAUAUACAUAUAUAUUACGUACUGCUAAAACAAACAUUCUGCCCUUUACCAGGAAACCUUCAACGUUGUUGUAUGAUUACUGGUUAGAGCGUGUGCAGAUUGAACAAGUGAAUGUUGCACAUCGUGUUGAUGUGUUACUCGAUAGCUCUUCAAAAGCUCGAUCAUUUCGUUUCACACAUUUAUGGUUUCUGCAUGAGGAUGUUGGGGUUUAUAAGGUGUAUUCCUUGGAACUUUAAGGAACUCAAUCUGUGAUCUGCUUGUUUUAAAGCCUUGUUCACAGUAAGGUAGAGCUUUCUUCUGUCAAGUGGAAUUGCAUUUCAGAAUCCCAAUAAGACUACUUGGAAAGUAUCCCGAGGAAUUUUGUUUAUAUUAAUUAUAAUAUAUUUUAAAAAGGGCGUGGUACUAAGAGUACCAUCAUGUUUUAUUGAAGCUGUGAAUGGUGUUCAUAAGGGCAAGCCGUCAUCAUCAGGACAUGACAUUUCUUUACAGGCUUAUGCAUAGCGUCGUUGAUGCACAGUGUUUCUUACGUGCCAUUGAUAUGUUCCACUUAGAUACAAACAACAGACAAAACAGACCCCUGUUAAUCUGUUCUCCAUCAUCAUGUGACUUAUUCGGUUAUACUUCCCUGGUUGUUUGUCUUGAGUGCAUGUACAACCACUUGAAAUUUGAAAGUCCGGAUAUAUGUACGGACUUGUGUUCUUUUGCUUCCUGUGUUAAAAAUAUUUUUAUGUAGUUUGA